CUUGGUCAACUAUAAAGGUCAAUUACACUGUUUUCCACCUGGUGAAAUCAUUAUCAGGCUGUUACUACUACUUUGAACUGGAGAUCACCCUGCACAGUAUGAGGUCUGUAAAAGUAAAGGGGCAGGAGGAAAGAAGGCCUGCAAAAGAUGUCAUCUUUCAGGUACAUGGUUAGAUGAAGAGCGCCAUUAUUAUUAUCCUGGAGUUCGUGAGCAUUUUCGCCACCCAUGGAAAAAAAAGUGCUUGAAGAGGAAAUUAUUCAUAUGAGAGAUAUUGAACAAGAGGAGAGGACAACUUACUUCCAGAGUAAAAGUAGAGAAUUUGGCUUUAAUGGCCUCAGUCAACUUCAUCGACUGCAUCCCUUAUAUGGUUUUAAUGUAUUAACUGAUUUUAUGAUUGAUGCAAUGCAUUUGCUACCUCUAAAUAUUGUCAAAAAUCACUUCACAAAAUUUUGUACUAUAGAAGGUAUGGAUGAACGGGAACUGACACAAAGACUAAAACAAAUGCCAUGGACUACUGAUUAUAAAUCCUCAAGACUACCUACUCAUUUUGAAUACCUAGGAUUUUGGAAGGCAGAAGAAUAUCAAAAACUUGCAUUUCCUGCUUCUGAGUUUUUACUUCAUGGACUGCUCACUGAAGAUCAAAGCAACAUAUGGGCUCCAGUUCCCAGACUUUUUGAUUUUGUAUUUAAUGCUGGUAGAUAUGGCUGGACUGAGGAAAUGAUCCAGAAGUCUUGUCAUCUAUCUUGGAGAUGCUGCAUUCUAAUGGAGGAGCAUUUUGGUACACAAAUCUGUGUCAUCAACUUGCACAAUMUUAUUCACUUCCACGAAGACAUCUCAAGGUUUUCUUCUCCAGACAACUUCUGGUGCACACAAUUUGAAAGAGCUGUUUCCCGUUAUGUUAGACAGUCUAGCAACAGAAAGUAUUUAGAAAAAACAUUUGCAAGAAAAGAGUCUCAAAGAGAAUUUUUGAAGUUCCAAAACCUGGAAAAUCUCAAUUUACGCAAAACAGCAAAAAAUAACACCUACAACAGAGAAAAGGUUGUAGCAACCUCUAUUGAAGGAGCUAAAUCCUUGGUUGAAUUGUGUCAGAACAGCCCAGAUGCUACAAAGGUAAACCAAGGUGUUCUAAUUGGUUCUGAACAGCCACAUUACAUUACAACAGCAGAGAAAGAGAUUAUCAAGGAAUAUUUCAAUAAUCUGGAAUUCUGCAUUGUUAGUGAAUUUGCAGAGUCGUAUCGUAGUGCAUUUCUUCCARUGCAUCAAAUACCAGUUGGUGGGAAAAUAUACAGAACAGGUGCUACAGUACUAGGUAAGCAAGAGAACACUGAUGUUUCCUUUCACAUUAAUGACAUUUUUCUUGUUACUGUGAAUGGUAAGCCCUAUCCACUUAUUUUUGGAGA